UGAAUCCAGCUGUUGUCAAAGUGCUCGGGGCCCCCUUAAUUUGCAACGCAAAGCAAUCUGUACAGCCGACAGAGAACGGAAAACAUAGAACAGUUCGUUUUGAAAGACAUUCCUUGUACAAUUGGUCAAUGUACCGAAGUUGCAGGUCGACGAGACAGCGGUUAAUCAGAACCUGGUGUCGACUUUCGCGUAAAGGCGCAUAGUCUGAGUUUGGGGAGAGCCACAUGCGCACUGGCAUAUCACGUUCGCUAUAGUAGCCAGAAGAUCAAGGGGAGUUUACGGGUCGCGAGAGUCCCUCUUUCGGGAGUGAUCAAGAGAAUACAUAAUGCUUUUGGACGUACGCGGUGUUAGGGUCUGGACUUACUCCAGAAUGUUGACAGCUCUCGUAUUUACAUUGUUAUGUAUCAGCUAUGGGAAUGGUCAGACCUGCACAGAAGGCUUUGCCUACGACCGCAGAGCGAGGGUGUGUGUUGAUGUGGACGAGUGCCGCACGGUACCAUUGCCUUGUCGAGGAGACAUGCUCUGCGUCAAUCAGAAUGGCGGCUACCUGUGCAUCCCGCGGGGCCUCUACAGCCAGCCUUACGCCAGACCCGACACACCAGCACUCCCGGAGCCGGCCUACCCUGACACAUCGGCGGGUUUCCCCCCCGACACGUUUCGUCCACCGCCGCAAGGGCCCGUGGAACCCAGCUACCCGAUAGUCAGCCGCUCCGCGCCGUGCAUCCUGGGAUACACACUUGGAGAGGAUGGCACUUGUAAUGACAUCGAUGAGUGUGAGGCGGAGUCGCACCAGUGUAACCCCACCCAGGUGUGCAUCAACACGGCGGGGGGCUACACCUGCUCCUGCACCGAAGGCUACUGGCUGGUGGGGGGGCAGUGCCAGGAUAUCGAUGAGUGUCGCUAUGGAUACUGCCAGCAGCUGUGUGCUAAUGUACCGGGCUCCUACUCCUGCUCCUGUAACCCUGGCUUCAUCCUCAACCCAGACAUCAGGACCUGCUCAGACGUGGAUGAGUGUGAGGAAGAGCCCUGCACGCACGGCUGCUUCAACACCUAUGGAUCCUACAUGUGCAACUGUGACGAGGGAUUCGAGCUGGCGUCCGACGGCACUUCCUGUAUCGACUUGGACGAGUGCAGCUUCUCUGAGUUUCUGUGUCAGUACAGAUGUGUGAACACGCCGGGGUCCUUCUCCUGCAUCUGCCCUCCUGGUUACUACGUCUACGAGGACGGACGCAGCUGUGAAGAUUUCAAUGAAUGUGACACUGGUAACAACACCUGUACAACAGCACAAGUAUGUUUCAAUUUCCAGGGAGGUUACACAUGCCUGGAUCAUUUAACAUGUGAACAGCCUUACAUUGAGCUCAGUGACAACCAGUGUAUGUGUUCAGCUGAGAACCCUGCCUGCAGAGACAGGCCCUUCACUGUCCUGUACCGCCACAUGGACCUGUCGUCGGGCCGCAGCGUGCCCGCAGACAUUUUCCAGAUGCAGGCCACCACGCGCUACCCCGGGGCCUUCUACAUCUUCCAGAUCAAGACGGGCAACGAGGGCCGAGAGUUCUACAUGAGGCAAACCAGUAACGUCAGCGCCACGCUGGUCCUGUCCCGGCCCCUGACGGGCCCUAAGGAGAUCGUCCUGGACCUGGAGAUGGUCACUGUCAACAACGUCAUCAACUUCCGUGGCAGCUCCAUCAUACGGCUCACGAUAUACGUCUCCGAGCAUCCUUUCUGAAGAGCCUCAAGCUCCACCACACACAGUAUUACCUUUCUGGAGAGCCUCAUACUCCGUACACCAUUAUCCACUGCCUGUCCCCCAACCUAUCAUACAGCAUGUCUUAUGGAUUCUAGCAUUGUCAUUCUUCCCAGUAUUACACCUUCCACCUUUUGGUCUGGGUGUUUGAGACUGUCAUCACCAUCACUCAUCUCGUCAAGGUUGACUGACGUUCAUCUGCUUGGAGGACACAACUGCUGUCUGGUUCAGUCCACCUGACACCAAACUCUCCAGCAGCCAGACCUAAAGACUGACUGUUACUAUGUUCCAUGAAACCAAUGCUGUCUGUAUGACGUCUGUCAUGUGUGCCGUUUGUCUGUUAUGUACUCGCAUCACUGUCGUUUCUGUGGGUUUUUCUAUGCUUUAAAGAAGCUGUGAAACAAGCUAUUAACGUGUGAGUUGACAUAUUAGUGAAACCACGUAGCAGCGGCUUGUCUCUUGUGUUUCUUAUCAAGCCAUCAAGGAAUAUCGUUUCUAAACUUUGUAUCGAGCCACACCGCUCUGCUCUCCUUGGUAUUAAACUUUGAGAGCGUAACAGAAAGCUUAGAUGAGCAUUGUUGUACACUUUAAUGUAGCAUAUUCCUGUUAUAGAGAUGUCUGCAAUCCCCAAGCAAGUGAGGGAUGACCUGGGUUCAUGUUUAAUAAUAUGAUUCGCCAUUUUACAAUUUUUUUUGAAUAAAGCAGGGUUAGUAAAGAUUUUGUGUUCACAUUCUGCUUCAAUGAGAACUUCAAGUGAGCCUGGUCAGUAAAAUAAAUAUAUGUACUGGACCUGAAA